UUAUCGUUCCUGAAUAAAAGAAAGCGUUUCCGGGAGCAGAAUAAUUGAACCAGGAAAUAAAAUUUAGGAAAACAAUGUUUUCCUUGAUGAGUAUGUCAAAAAGACAUGAUUUAAACAUGUUUUUAUAAUGUUGAAUUUAAAACAGAAAGGCUAAUUUGUCGAGAACAAUUCUUCUACGUAAAAAUUUAUUCGUGAUACUCGGCAUCGUACAGUCGUGUACACACUUUUCUUCAUCACUUAAAAUAUUGGUAAACAAAACUAUAACCGUGUAAAUAACAGUGAUAUCUGAUUUUCAGACUGAUUGUUUGGACAUACUGUUGAAUUGAAUUGUGCUGUUGAUAUUCAAUUUAUAUUAGUAUAGAUCUGUCUUUUCCACAUGAGUGAAAGUGAAACAGAACAAAGCACUGAGAGGAGUCCUCUUAUGGCCACUUCUGCCUCCAUCGACUCCACAACCAGGAGAAGUUUUACUAGGGAGGAGUAUCAAGACUUAGAGGGACAGCAACCAAGGCCCAGAGAGGAAGAUGAAGGAGAAAGUACCAGAGAGAGGCCAAGGUCACAGAGAAGAAGUGGGACCAGUGGGGAGGAGGAACAAGAAGAACAAGAGUUUUACUAUGGAGCAAAACAUGUCAUCAUGUUAUUUGUUCCAGUCACACUUUGCAUGUUGGUUGUUGUGGCAACCAUUAGCUCGGUCAAUUUCUACACAAAGAAAAGUGGCUAUUUGAUCUAUACACCAUUUCAUGAUGCUGACAAACCAGAGACAAAUACGGGGACUAAAAUCUGGCAGUCAUUAGCUAAUGCCUUUAUAUUACUGGGGGUUAUAGUUGUCAUGACAAUAAUACUGUUUCUGCUGUAUAAAUAUAGAUGUUAUAAGUUUAUACAUGGCUGGCUGAUUAUGUCAUCUCUAAUGUUACUCUUCUUGUUCUCAUAUAUUUAUCUUGGUGUGGUACUACAAGCUUACAAUGUACCUAUGGACUACAUAACAGUGGCUAUAUUGAUGUGGAACUUUGGUGUGGUAGGAAUGGUCUGUAUACACUGGAAAGGUCCAUUAUUUCUCCAACAGGCCUAUCUCAUUGUUAUAUCAGCUUUAAUGGCAUUGAUAUUUAUUAAAUACUUACCUGAUUGGACCACUUGGGCUGUAUUGGGUGUUAUGGUAGUUUGGGAUUUAGUAGCAGUAUUAUGUCCAAAGGGUCCAUUGAAAAUGUUGGUAGAAACAGCCCAAGAAAGAAAUGAACCUAUUUUCCCUGCUCUUAUUUAUUCAUCUACAAUGGUGUGGAAUGUAGCAGGAAUGGCUUCAGAUUCUGAGGGAGAAAAAGACAAGAAAUCCAGUAAAAAGAAAAAGAAACCACAGAAAGAAACCAGGAUAAACUUAGGAUAUAUGCCAGGAGGCUCAACUGUGAGUUUGAAUGGUCCAUCUGCCACAGAAGAUGCAGAUGACAAUGAUGAUGGAGGUUUUAGAAGAAGAUCAGAGGAAGGCACAGAUGAUGUAGAUGAACGAGGGUUUAGAAGACGACCAGGAAGAGAUACAACUAUGUCUACUGCAAGUACAGAAUCACAACGAGCACGUAGUGCUGUAGCUGCUUUAGGUGAAACAGAAGAGAGUAGAAAUGAUGUUGAAGUAAGACAGCCAAGAGAGAAUAGAAAUAGAACAAGAAGUUCUGAUGAGCCUGAGGAAGAAAGAGGCGUUAAAUUAGGACUUGGUGACUUUAUAUUUUAUGGUGUAUUAGUUGGUAAAGCUUCAUCCAAUGGAGAUUGGAAUACAACUUUAGCUUGUUUUGUAGCCAUUCUUAUUGGUUUAUGUUUCACAUUAUUAUUAUUAGCUAUAUUCCGUAAGGCAUUACCAGCCUUACCUAUCUCUAUCACAUUUGGACUGAUUUUUAACUUUGCCACAAGUGAACUAGUUCAACCUUUUAUGGACAGACUUGCAGCUGCACAGGUGUACACCUAGCACAGAGGUGCUGUCAAGAACAAUCCAGGAGAUUAUUUUAUGUUGUAAUUUAUCAUUUUAUUUCAUUUUCUUUUACUAAAUACGAAUGUUAGUACAUUGUAUUUAAUAAACAACUAUUUUAUA